UCAAUUCCAGACAAUCCAAAGCCAAAUGAACCUAUAACCUCUAAGGCUCUACCAUAUGGUGCCUAAAUGAAAAUAAGAGUGUCUAAAGUUCCUAAAACCAAAAUAAAAAAAAUGAACACCUUUACCCUCUUUCUCUUCUUCUCCUCCUCCUUUACAUACACUGUUUUUGGCCGUGACAAAUGCCCACCAUCCUUCUGUGGUGACGGACCACCGCUAGUCAAAUUCCCUUUCCAGCUACCCGACGUGCAAAACGAACGUUGCGUCUACCCGAAGUUCAAUCUUUCAUGCAAUAACCAGAGCCGAGCAGUUAUAAACCUUCCACCGGCUGGUGAAUUCGUGAUCAAACGCAUCAAUUACGAGUCUCAGUAUAUGUACAUCAACGACCCGGAUUUUUGCCUACCCAAAAAGCUCCUAUCCUUGGAUUUGCAAUAUUCUCCGUUUAGGGGUGAGUAUCUUCAAAACUUUACGGUGGUCAACUGUACUAAUUCAGAGUCGCUGUCCGACUACGGCCGGGCCUUGCCCAUAUCGUGUCUAAGUGAUCACAACUUCACGGUUUUGGCUCUGGAUUCGGGUCCGUAUAAUGUGCCACCACCACUGAAUUGCCAGACUAUGGCCAAGAUUUCGGUUCCGGUUGAUGAUCGGUUUAGCAUGGAUCUUAAUAAGGAUCUUCGGCUGACAUGGGAUGUACCACGUUGUGGAGGUUGUGUUGCUAAAGGUGGAACAUGUGGGUUCAAGAACAGUAGAGGGUUGCAGACCGAUUGCUUUAAUGUUCCUAGACACGGUCUUCCAGUGAGUGCCAAGUAUGGCAUAAUCAUCGGUGCUGGUAUACCUGGGCUUGUUUUCAUGAUUGGGAUUGUAUGCUAUAUUUGCGGCAAGGUUAGGACCUAUUGCAGGCGAACCCAACCCACUGAAGUCCCAAUCACAACCAACGCUCCCCAUUCAGCUGCUGCUGCUCUUGUGACUGGCCUCGAUGGGCCCACCAUCGAAUCUUACCCCAAGACCGUGCUCGGUGACAGUGGCCGGCUGCCCAAGCCCAACGACGGCCCAUGUCCGAUAUGUCUGUCUGACUACCAGCCCAAAGAUGUGUUAAGAACCAUACCCGAAUGUAAUCACUUCUUUCAUGCUGAUUGUGUAGAUGAGUGGCUAAGAAUGAAUGCCACGUGUCCGUUGUGUCGGAAUUUGCCGGAUGGAUCGUCUCUGGUGACACCUUGCUCGUCAAUGUCGUUAGCUUCUUCAUCAACCUCAUCAUCGUCAUGAUUUGUAAUCAAUCAAAUCAUUUUGAUCAUCAACAUCGUGUGUAUAUGGAGUGAAAUUGUAAUACAGUGUGUCACCUAUACUUGCAAUUUUUUUUUGGCUUGCUAGUACAGAACAACGCUUAGCACUCUCCCCUCUCUUCUUCUUUUUCAUUCAAAUUAUUAUUUUUGGUUCUCUUUUGUAUUUUCCGAGGCUUGUUGUUUAAAUCAUAUAAAUAUAUUUUUUGAGCUAGGUUUUAUGGCA